UUGAAAUUAAGGACGGAAAACGAUCCCCUCCAGAAAUUUUACAUAAUACUAUUUGUAUGCCUAUCUACACGUGCCAUCUCAUUAGAUAUAGUCCCGAACCAAUCCGCUUACCAAUUUAAUUUGGCCUAUCGUAGAUUUGUUGCUAGAUUUGGCCAACCCGAAAUUAUUUACUCCGACAGCGCCCCAACCUUUAUUUCAUUUAAGCGCUCACUCAAACCCUAUUCCCCGUCCUGGAUUUUUAGAAUCCCACAUGCUGCUUGGAGAGGCGGACAUUAUGAACGAUUUGUAGCCUCUAUAAAGUUCCAUCUAAGACGUACAUUAUCCCAAGGAAUUUGGGCUAAGAUUUUUCCAAUUGAUGAGGCGAGAACAAUAAUUAAUGAAAUUGAAACUAUAAUUAAUAGCCGACCUAUUUCCUUUGACUCAUCCAACCCACAAGAAAUACGACCUAUACGGCCUAUUGAUUUUAUAAAACCACUCGGCCAACCAAAUCUCCCCUUUUCUUUAAAUGAACAUACACCAUUCAAAAUACAAAGCACAUCAGAGGAUAUUCAAAAUUUGUGGACAACACUCAAAACUCGGCGAGAAUUAUUCUGGAAAAGAUGGAAUACAGACUACCUAAUGUCACUUAGAGAACAACAUAAAACCCUAACCCCCAAAUCACAAAGAAAUCCAAUACUAGGAGAAUUGGUUAUUAUAUUCGAUGAAAAUCUCCCAGUUUCCCAUUGGCGCACAGCAGUUAUUUCAAAAUUAAUAAAUAAUAAGGACAAUAUCCCCGACGUGGCCGAAGUCCGUUUCCCAUCCGGUCGUGUUGUAAAACGCUCAGUAAACCAUCUCCUUCCAUUAGAGACUUCCCACGAAUUAAAACAGAGGUUAAAUCCAGAAGAACCACAAUCUAUGGAAAAGGAGAAAGAAGAAGAGCUAAAAGAAGAUAAAAAUCGUGAGAAAGUAAACAAUUAUAUGUUCAAUCCAGAAAUAGAGCCUAAUCAUCCGCCUGAUCAUAUUAUUGAAGGCGAAGAUGAAACAUUAAAACAAUAA